AUGUGCCUCGUGCGCGAGCAGGCGUCUGCCGACAACGAUUUUGCAAAACGCGGCAUUCGUGCGGAGCUCCCAGUGACCCGACGACAUAUGGAGAUCAACGCGACGACGCUUCUUUCUCGACGGCUUUCUCCAGCGGCGACGCUGUCCAACGACGGUGUCCUAUCGGAGAAGGAGAGUGAGAUUCAUCGAGAAAGAAAAUUCAACAAGGAGAAAGAGCUGCUCGACAAGUUCCAGUCAUGCCCCUCUAUCCUCCGCUGCUUUGGUGACGAAAUCACGACCGAAAACGGGGAGAAACUCUACAACAUAUUGCUCGAGUAUGCCUCAGGAGGAUGCCUCGUCGACCACAUCACCGUCAAGGGCCUUCCGGAAAUCAAUGUCUGCCGCUGCGCGAAAUCCAUACUCACGGCGCUCCUUCACAUCCACAAGGCCGGCUACGUUCACUGCGACGUGAAGCCUCACAACGUGUUGCUCGUCGGCCGAGAUGCGAAGCUCGCAGAUCUCGGGAGCUGCUGCUGCAAGACGAGCUUCGUCGACGAAAAUAGUAGGUGUGAUGAUUUCAGGGGCACGGUUAUGUACGCGGCCCCGGAGUCGAUAGCCCAGCAGAAGUACUUGCCAGAGUCAGAUGUUUGGGCCUUGGGCUGCUCGGUUCUACACAUGCUGACUGGAAAAUCACCGUGGGCUUUUGACAGCAAGGCCCAGCCGAAGGAUGUUCUCUUCAAGAUCGGGUGCAGUGACCAGAUUCCCCAGAUUCCAACAAACAACAAAAUAUCCAAAGAGGCUAAAGACUUUGUCGCAAAGUGUUUGGUGAAAGAUCCGACGGCCAGGUGGAAAGUUGAUAUGCUUCUCGACCAUCCCUUUGUCAACAAGGCCGAUCGACCGACAGUUGCCAGAAAAUACCAUCAUCGUCAUCAUCAUCACAAUAAACUGUCUCAUGGCAUUCACUCUUUGGUGCCUCACUGUUUUCACCACCCAAAAGUGCAGGCCUGCUGA